AUGGAGCAAGGUUUUCGGAACUUAGGAGCAGAUCAAAGAGCACAAUGGAAAUACCUUCAGUGCAAAAAGGUUUCCUUCAGCCCCUCCCAUUCAAGUUCUGAAGCCACCCCUGGUGGAAAUUCUGGUGGUGAGUCAGCGACCUUGGAUGUUAUUCUUAAGGAGAUUCGUGAGAUGAAGAAGCUGGUCACAACAGUUCCAAUUCUUAUCGAAGACAUCAAAUCUAUUAAAGUUGAAUUAAUCCAUCUGAAGGAGUCUUGUGAGUACAAUAGUAGUUCACUUAAAUCUUUUCAAGACCAAGUCUCCAGUUUGGAGCGUGGUCUAUCUCAGAUAGAAAAGAUCCAAAAUUCUCUCGCUGUGGCCGACAAGGAAAUAACUAAUCUUAAAAGUGUUAUUGAGACCAACGAACAAUGA